AUGUCCUCCAAGAAGGAUGGCGCUGGCGACUCCAAGCUGUUUGCUCGAGGCAAAGUUGCGGAGCUCCGCCUCGAGCUCAACAGUGGAGGCAAGAAGGACAAGAACUAUUCGAUGAAGAAGAUUGCCCUGAAGCGAAUAGUUGCCAAUAUGACCAUGAGUAACAACGACAUGGUUGCGCUCUUCCCUGAUGUCAUUGGGUGCAUGAAUCUCCCGAGCCUGGAGAUUAAGAAAAUGUGCUUUCUAUACCUAGUCAACUAUGCUCGUGUACGACCAGAAAUCGCGGUAAAAGCAAUUCCAGUAUUGGAGCUUGAUAUGGAAGACAGCAAUCCAUUAGUGCGCGCCCUCGCCCUACGAACCAUGUCAUAUAUACACGUGCGAGAAUUUGUGGAAGCGGCUCUACCAAUCGUCAAGCAGAUGCUCCGCGACUCGGACCCCUACGUUCGCAAGACAGCUGCCUUUUCCGUGGCUAAAUUAUACGACCAUGACCGAAACAUGGUAGAAGCCUCGGAUCUCAUUGAGCGGCUCAACGCUCUGCUGCGCGAUGACAACCCGACAGUGGUGGCCAGCGCGCUUGCGGCGCUUAUGGAUAUCUGGGAGCGAAGUGACGCCAUCAAGCUUACCAUCGACUAUAGCAAUGCUUCCAAAAUGGUGGCCAUCCUGCCUGAUUGUUCAGAAUGGGGUCAAACCUACAUUUUGGAAGCCCUCAUGUCGUACGUGCCGCAAGAAUCCGGUGAAGCAUCGCUCUUAGCUGAGCGCAUUGCCCCACGACUAUCACACUCCAACUCUUCUGUUGUCUUGACCUGCAUCCGAGUCAUCCUCUACCUUAUGAACUACAUUGCCGAUGACAAACAAAUUUCUGCUCUCUGCCGCAAACUGUCACCACCGCUGGUGACACUGCUCGCCAAGGGACCUGAGGUGCAAUAUCUUGCACUACGGAAUGCGCUCCUCAUUCUGCAGAGACGACCGGAAGUCCUCAAGAAUGAUAUCCGAGUCUUUUUUUGCAAAUACAACGACCCAAUUUACGUCAAAGUUACGAAGCUAGAACUCAUCUUCAUGCUUGCCAAUGAACAAAACAUCGAUGAGGUCUUGACAGAACUCCGAGAAUAUGCCACCGAAAUCGAUGUACAUUUUGUACGAAAGGCUGUCCGGGCCAUUGGAAAGCUGGCGAUUAAAAUUGAGCCUGCUGCUCCCAGGUGCAUUAACCUGCUCCUCGAGCUCGUGGCCACCAAGGUCACGUAUAUUGUCCAGGAAGCGACAGUCGUAAUUCGAAACAUUUUCCGUCGAUACCCCAACCAAUACGAAUCUAUCAUUAGCACACUGUGCGAGCAUCUGGACUCGCUCGACGAACCAGAGGCGAAAGCAGCCAUGGUAUGGGUCAUUGGAGAAUACGCCGAUCGCAUUGAGAACAGUGAUGCUCUGUUGGAUGACUUUUUGUAUGCAUUUACAGAGGAGCCUGUUGAAGUGCAAUUGGCUCUGCUCACAGCCACCGUGAAGCUGUUUAUCCAGAGACCGACGAGAGGACAGGAGCUCGUCCCCAAGGUGCUGAAAUGGGCUACGGAGGAAACGGACAACCCGGAUUUGCGAGACCGCGCAUACAUGUACUGGCGACUACUGUCAACCGAUGUCAACCUGGCGAAACAAAUUGUAAUGGGCGAGAAGCCUCCCAUCACAGCCGAAUCCGAGAAGCUCGAACCGGCAAUUCUCGAGGAAAUGUGUCUCAACGUUGGCACACUGGCGACAGUCUAUCUCAAGCCCGUACAAACAGUAUUCCGAACCGCGCGUGUACGGAAGCUGCCAGAGUCACCAGCGCUGCAAAAGCAAAACCUGCCAACGGACAUUGAUACGAACAAGACGAUUAGCAUGUUUGGCCGCGGUGGACAGCCGACGGACAUCGAUCUGAGGAGCCGCACCGCUGCUGGUGCGAACGGCAACCAGCAGGCCAUCAACGACGCCGAUGCAUACUUUAACAGCGUCGCGCCACAGCAAAUGGCAGCGCUGCGAAUGGACGGCGGCGAUGAUUUGUUUGGCGGCGGUAAUGUGACGGGCUACGUGGUGAAUGCGCAUGCACCGCAGGCCAUUAUGCAGCCGACGCAGGGAGCUGGCAGCAACGGCGACUUACUCAUGCUUUGA